AUGAGGCAAGAUAAUUGCACGUCAUCGCCACUCCAUAUUACGGUUGCGUCGAAGAAGUGCUGCUUAUCUGAUCAGAUAAUGUCAACGAGUGGUGGAGAAUCGGUUUCUCCACGUAUUUUUGCUCCGAGCUCUUUCGUUUUGGAUGAUUCUCAAUUGUGCUUCAACAAAAACCACUUUGGACGUCCCGAUUUCAAUGUCCAGCGUUUUAUGAAUCUUGCCAGACGUCGUGCUGGCCUGAAACAGAUCCAGCAAGAUCUUCGUUUGUAUUUGAAGAGUGUUCAACAUUCGAUGAUAGAACUCAUAAAUGAUGACUACGCAGAUUUCGUCCACCUUUCGUCGAAUCUCGUUAGUCUGCAGAGUGCUAUUGACAAGAUUGAGAAUGAUAUGAAUACAAUAUGGACAGAAUUUGAAAGCAGUACUAUUGAUGCUGUUCAAACAGCGGAACGAGUUGAAUCUUUUUGCGUGGAGCUAUCCCAGAAUCGAACAUCUCAGAUUGAAAUCCGCCGUCGUAUCUCAUUUCUUUCUGCCCUUCAACGUCUUUCCAAUCUCAUGAAAAAUAUCCCUGAAACAAUGAGCGCUCUGUGGUUAGAGAAGGUGUCGUCAUGUUUGGUGGAUGCAAGCUCCUAUAAGGAUGAUCUUGACAAAGAAAGUCGUGAAUGGAAAAUGUUCAACAAGUUGCUGGAGAAGUUAGAGACAGUACUUUGCGCUGAGGGUGUUCGAAGUGCAAGUGAUGACUGUGCUUCUCUUCCUCAUAUUUUGUCUCUCCUCACCUUGGCAGACUGCACAGAUUCACUGACUGCCCGCCUGGUUUCCGAUUUGAUUUAUCCUAAGCUGGUUCGCCCUUCUAAGGACCAUUACGAAUUGUUAAAAGCUGUUUUUGCUGGGGUGAAAAAGAUGCGAGCUAACUGGAGUGAAUUACUCGGACCGAAGUACAGCGGGUCCAUACAAGCAUUCCUUGACCAGACUCUUCUUACUUUCCUUCUCACUUUCGUAGACAAGUGUAUGGGAACCGUAGCGGUACCGAGUAAUACUUUGCUCUUUCAUCGCUGUUUCACAGCUACAUUGGAUUUUAUCGAAAGCUGGCCUUCGCAGUCGCAUUCAAGGAACAUGUUAAAAGCGCUUCGAGAUAAGUUUAAUCUGGUAGUUUACUUCAAACUGGUUACUCACAAACUUAUUCGUCAAGUUGACAGCGAAAUGGCGCCAGAGUCUCUGAAAUUUGUUAAAGACGAUGAAGUGUCCGAAAUUGGCAUGUUUUGCACAAUUUCCUCUACAAUAAUAAAAACUGUGGAAACUGUAUGGGCUGAUGAUGUUUUUCUCUACCCGAUCGCAGAUAAGUUGUGGGACCUCACGCUCCGGUUACUGGAAAAACAUCUUUCUUGGGCUAGAGCACUUCUCGAAGCUGCUAAGACCAACGAGAAUCCUGAAUUAGGUGGUGUCGAAUCUUGGCGCGCUUUAAUGGCUGCUCGCUAUGAUUUGUGUACGCUGCAUUCCAAAGUCUUCGACAUGGCUCUCGAACAGUUGUGGCCUAAGCUUGGGGAUAUGGGAGUCGACACUUCCCUUUUUGGCCAAUGUCUAACUCGUUUCGGUAUUCUCGCUGAUUCUGAGUGUGUUAAAAUAGAUGAAGAAGUCAUCAGCUUAAUCUCUUCCGUCUUGUCAAAGGAAUUUGAUGCUGUCUCCGAUGUUCCUAAACAGUACCGAUGGACAAAGAAACCAUCACCGUCUUCUCACUCAGCAUACAUCACCACUGCUCAUUCAAAACUUGAUGAUUUCGUUAGUGAGAUAGUAAAAAAGAAUCAUCCUAAUCCUGCGUCACUUACCCGCUCAGUACUCGUGCUAUCCUAUGGACAUCUGGCUACAAAAGCUGGUGAGGUGCUUGACAGCGUUGACGCAACAGGAUCGAGUCUUUCACGAUUCAAAAGAAAGGGUGCUGGAUUGGAUGGCACUUCUGAUGAUGAUAAAAUUAGGACACAGAUAUAUCGAGACCUCACUUUCUGUCACUUGCGUGGGCUUGAGAACAACAUUGAUGUAGAAGGAAUGUCGAAAUUAAUUGAUCGUUCUCGACCGGACACACUUGAGCCUGCUGUCAACGUUAAGAGAGACGUUAAAGAGACAUCAGAGACGCCCACAAUUGAGGCGCCUGCUGUUUCGUUAGAAAAUGAAUCAGUGGAAGAAGAGGCAAUCGUCCCACCUCCAGAGGAUGUUUGCUCCAAUUCUUCAUAA